AUGUCAUUAGAUAAUUCAACAGAAAACCGUGAUUUGGAAGAAAAGGAAGAAAUUCCAAAGAACGAACAUAACGAACAAGGCGAACAAAACGAGAACAAUGAGCAUAUACCUACUUUGGAAGAUAAACCAUUGAAGGAAUAUAUUGGUAUUAGUAUUUUGUGUUUCCUUAUUGCCUUUGGUGGUUUCGUUUUUGGUUUCGAUACUGGUACCAUUUCUGGUUUCAUUAACAUGACUGACUUUUUAGAAAGAUUUGGUGGUACUAAAGCUGACGGUACUCUUUACUUUUCCAACGUUAGAACUGGUUUAUUGAUUGGUUUGUUCAAUGUGGGUUGUGCCAUUGGUGCAUUAUUCUUGUCCAAAGUCGGUGAUAUGUAUGGUAGAAGAGUUGGUAUCAUGACUGCUAUGAUCAUUUAUAUUGUUGGUAUUAUUGUUCAAAUUGCUUCUCAACAUGCUUGGUAUCAAAUCAUGAUUGGUAGAAUUAUCACUGGUCUUGCUGUUGGUAUGUUAUCAGUUUUGUGUCCAUUAUUUAUCUCAGAGGUUUCUCCCAAACAUUUAAGAGGUACAUUAGUUUAUUGUUUCCAAUUGAUGAUUACCUUGGGUAUUUUCUUGGGUUACUGUACCAGUUACGGUACUAAGAAAUAUUCUGACUCCAGACAAUGGAGAAUUCCAUUGGGUUUAUGCUUUGCUUGGGCCUUGUGUUUGCUUGGUGGUAUGGUAAGAAUGCCAGAAUCUCCACGUUACCUUGUCGGUAAAGAUAGAAUUGACGAUGCUAAGAUUUCACUUGCCAAAACUAACAAGGUUUCUCCAGAGGACCCUGCAUUAUACCGUGAACUUCAAUUAAUCCAAGCUGGUGUUGAAAGAGAAAGAUUGGCCGGUAAGGCAUCUUGGGGUGCUUUAAUCACUGGUAAACCAAGAAUCCUUGAAAGAGUUAUUGUUGGAGGUAUGUUGCAAUCAUUGCAACAAUUGACUGGUGAUAACUAUUUCUUCUACUACAGUACCACCAUUUUCAAGUCUGUCGGUUUAAAUGAUUCCUUCGAAACAUCUAUUAUCCUUGGUGUCAUCAACUUUGCUUCCACUUUUGUUGGUAUUUAUGCCAUUGAAAGAUUGGGUAGAAGACUUUGUUUAUUAACUGGUUCCGUUGCCAUGUCCAUUUGUUUCUUAAUUUACUCAUUGAUUGGUACUCAACAUCUUUACAUUGAUCAACCAGGUGGUCCAACCAGAAAACCAGAUGGUAACGCUAUGAUUUUCAUUACUGCACUUUAUGUUUUCUUCUUCGCUUCUACAUGGGCUGGUGGUGUCUACUCCAUUGUUUCUGAACUUUAUCCAUUAAAAGUCAGAAGUAAGGCUAUGGGUUUUGCUAAUGCAUGUAACUGGUUGUGGGGUUUCUUGAUUUCCUUCUUCACUUCAUUUAUCACUGAUGCUAUCCACUUCUAUUAUGGUUUUGUGUUUAUGGGCUGUUUAGUGUUUUCCAUUUUCUUUGUUUACUUUAUGAUUUACGAAACUAAAGGUCUUACUUUAGAGGAAAUUGAUGAAUUAUACUCUACCAAGGUUGUUCCAUGGAAAUCAGCCGGUUGGGUUCCACCUUCUGACGAAGAAAUGGUUCGUGCAAAAGGCUAUACUGGUGAUAUCCACGCAGAUGAAGAGCAAGUUUAA